AUGCUGUCCCAAACCCUUCUCGCAGUGCUUUCUGCAGCCACUCUUUUCCAAUCUACUAAUGCUCUUAAUGCGUGCCCCGGCACCGACACAGUCUUUACCGGUACCCAGGGGAUUAGGUACCGAGUAUGUCCGGGAACCGACCUCACUGGUCCUACAGUCUCAGUGACACCCAAAGUCGCUUCUGUCACAGAGUGUGCAAAGCUCUGUGACAAGAGCAUGGACUGCUUCAAAGCCGUUUAUGAUACGCGGACGAAAGAUUGUCACUUCAAGGAAAUCGCGGGCUUGGAUUGGGUUGCCAGCGAUCGUUAUCAAGUAGUUCAGGCUGAGCAAGUUAACAUUGCCCGCUGCCCUGCAGGAGAAUGGACAUACGGAAGAAACAAGAAACGAUACACAGUUUGCCCGGGCACUGAUAUUCGGGGACCAACUGAGAAGUUGUGGGGAGGUGUUGCAGACUUCGAGAAAUGUGCUUACCUCUGCGCCAACUGGGCGACCUGCAAGGCAGCAGUCUACGACAAAGCCGAGAAGGCUUGCCAUAUCAAGGCUGACGCGCGUUCCAAAACAUUGAUCUGGUCCACGGACAAGCGUUACGAUGUCAUGCGUCUGAUUGAGCCAUCUGCCCCUGCACAGAACGGCGAGUGGUCUGAUCUUAUCCACCUGCCAGUGAUUCCUGUUGCUGCAUAUGUUGUUCCAGAGUACCCAGUCUCGCAAAGGCUGCUUGUAUUCUCUAGUUGGGGUGUUGAUGCCUUUGGCGGCCCUGGUGGACGUACACAGUUUGCCGACUACAACUAUCAAACUGGAGCUGUUUCGGCUCGCACCGUGAGCAACACACAACACGAUAUGUUCUGCCCUGCAAUGAGCAGUCUUCAAGACGGACGACUUGUAAUCCAAGGAGGCUCUGAUGCGAAUGCCGUUACUAGCUACAACCCGGCUUCGAAUACCUUUGUUCGUUCUGCCGACAUGAAAAUGGCUCGUGGCUACCAAUCAUCCUGUACUACAUCUGACAACCGCAUCUUCACCAUUGGAGGCGCGUACUCUGGCCCCCGCACGGGCAAGGACGGCGAAGUCUACGAUCCUGCUACUAACACAUGGACUGCUCUUCCCAAUUCGAAGAUUGGUCCAAUGCUUACCACGGACCGCGAAGGUAUCUGGCGUGAGGACAACCACGCAUGGCUCUUUGGCUGGAAGAACAAGACUGUAUUCCAAGCCGGACCCAGCAAGGCCAUGAACUGGUACGGAACAACAGGCAAGGGUUCUCAGGUAGCUGCUGGUAUCAGAGACCCUAUUGAUGAUGCCAUGUGCGGUAUCUUUGUCAUGUACGAUGCCACUGCUGGAAAAAUCUUCAGCGCCGGUGGUUCCCCCGACUACACAAACUCGGAUGCCAAUGCCCGUGCCCACAUUACGACCAUUGGUGAACCCAACACUCCGGCCAAGGUUGAGCGUGUCGCCGAUAUGACCUAUCCUCGUGGUUUCUCUAACGCCGUUGUUCUGCCUGAUGGUUGCAUUCUUGUCACAGGUGGUCAACGCCGCUCCAAGGUAUUCACCGACGACGACGGUGCCCUGUACCCAGAGAUUUUCAACCCUGCGACCAAGACCUGGAGGGUCCUAGCACCAGAAGCCGUACCGCGCAACUACCACUCUGUCAGCAUUCUACUUGCUGACGGUCGUGUCUUUAGCGGCGGUGGUGGUCUCUGCUACGUUUCCCAGAUCGGACGCAGCUCCGCUAACUGCAACAAGCUCGUUGAUCACGCUGACGGUCAAAUCUUCUCUCCACCCUACCUCUUCAACCAGGAUGGCUCCCCAGCCAAGCGUCCUACCAUCACAUCGCUCAGCUCCCAGAGUGUCAAGGUCGGAGGCACGCUUACCGUGAAGGUUGACGCCGACACUACAAACGCAAACCUUGCCCUUGUCCGCAUUGGCAGCGUCACCCACUCCGUCAACACCGACCAGCGUCGUGUCCCCCUGAACAACGUACGCGUCAACGGCAACAGCUACACCGCCACGCUCCCCAACGACAGCGGUAUCCUCAUCCCCGGUGCCUACUUCCUCUUCGUCAUCUCCAAGCAAGGCGUGCCCAGCAUUGCGCAAACCGUGCAAAUCGUCUUGUAA